AUGAUGGAGUUGGGGGGCGUGUCCUAUCUGACAGAGGAGUGUCUUCUACAGGCCACGUCCACCUGCCUGGGGUGCUUCAUCGAGACCCGGGACCCCGCUCCUAUCCAUGACCCCGCCCCUAUCCAUGACCCCAGCCCCACGACCCCUGACCCCGAGGCGGGGCUGGUAAGCCGCCAGGACUUCGAGGCCACUUCCUGCCCCAUCUCUGACAUCAGUAUCCAGUGUCUGAGCCAGGUCCUCGGGGAACAGCUCCUGUCAGACCAGCUCCUCAGCUUCCCCAUGACCAAAACCUGCCACGCCCUCGUUACCGCUAACGACAAGACAGGAGACAACGGAGAGAAGAUGGAGGAAGAGGAUCCCACUACCAAGAACCUGUAUGAGGGCCUCCUAUUGGACAAAGUGAACGGGGAGGAAAGGCUGCUAUUGGACAAGGUCAGCGGGGGGGAAGUGUUGCUAUUGGACAAGGUGAACAGAGAGGAGGUGCUGCUAUUGGACAAGGUACCUGGGGAGGAAGUGUUGCUACUGGACAAGGUGAACAGAGAGGAGGUGCUGCUAUUGGACAAGGUACCUGGGGAGGAAGUGUUGCUACUGGACAAGGUGAACAGAGAGGAGGUCCUCUUAUUGGACAAAGUGAACGGGGAGGAGGUGCUGCUAUUGGACAAGGUCAGCGGUGAGGAGGUCCUUCUGGCCAAUGCGGGUCAGGACUGGGGUUACUUCGAGUCGUUUAUCAGUGAGUCCAAGAUAGAGCUGCUGGACCUGUGUUCUAAGACCGACCUGUCAGUCAACCUAUUCGCCGAGGACGACGUUGACAACCUGUUUGACGACGAUGACGAGGACUCGACUCUGAGCAGCGACGUGUGCUCUCUAAAGAUCCGCUACGAGUCCUUCCAGGACAACAUGAGAGAGAAGACCAACGUCCUGCAGGAGGACACACAGUUCAACUUCUUCCCCUCUGUCCUGGUCAACUGUGCCAAGAGGGAGGACGGAGGAGGAGGAGGAGGAGGAGGAGGAGGAGGAGGAGGAGGAGGAAGGAGGACAGGGGAGGAGUGUAAAGCUGAGGAGCUGAGCCUAGUGGUGGGGGAAGAGGGGGGGAAGGUGGGGGAGGAGGGGGGAGGUGUUAGCCCCCUAGUGGGGUCUCAGGGGUCCCAUGGCUCGCCUCUCUCCUCCCCCUCCCUCCCUCUCUCCUCCCCCUCCGCCUCCUCUGUCAACUACCUGUUUGAGUUCAGUAACUCAGCCGAGGAGGACGGGGACUACAGCGACGACUCCUCCUGCACCUCCUCGGACACCCUGCAGGAGGCGCAGCCGGGCCAGAGGAGGGGAGGAGGAGGAGGAAGUGCGCCCCGGGGGCCCAGGAGACUCCUCAGCCCCUCUAACUCUCUGAACUACGGCCUGCGCUCCAAAAGGAAGGUCAGCUACAGUGACGAUGUCAACUCCAUCGAGAAGACCGAGAGAAACGCCACGGAGAAGAGAGAGAAGGUUCCGGCGGGACAGAGGGAGGAGGAUGUGGACUGGUGCCCCAAGAAGAGACGGAAAUUCUCCCAGAAGGAGCCGCCAGUCAUCAUCAAGUACAUCAUCAUCAACCGCUUCAAAGGACAGAGACACAUGUCUGUGAAUCUGGGCCGGCUGGACCCUGCCGGGGACGCUGCCGUGAGCCUGGACGCCGCCGCGGAGAGCCACUACUCCUCUCUGUCUCCGCUGAAGGACUUCUGGCAGGAGAGGAGGAGGGAGCGGGAGGAGCAGCUGCGACUAGCGUCCAGAGAUAAACAGCAUCACCGCCACCGCCCCAAACGGAAAUACAAGAUAGCAAACAGGCUGUGUGUCCAGAGGACAGGGGAGGGACCAGCAGCAGCGCAGGACUCGGGUUCUACCCCCUCUGUCUCUGGUCAGGCUGUUAUUACAGCGGAGGGGGGAGGGGGAACAGCAACAUUAGAACCACAGAACAUCACACACACCGUAACAGCCAAGAGGAGCCGCACCCAGGAGAGAGAGGAGAGGGAGGGGAGGAGGAUGGGAGGAGGGAAAACAGGGAGGAAAUUCAAGAGCCAAGCCAGGCUGAGGAGUAACAAGACAAUGGAGGAGGGAGGAGCAAGAGGAGGAGCGGAGGGGGGGAGCGUGACGAAUGGAGCGGCGGAUGGCAGUACUGCUGCUGCUGCUGGGGUGUUAACCAACCAGGAGCCUGCUGGCAGCGUGAGAGAGGCAGACAUCAGCCCCCCUGUCUCCUCCCUGGAUCCCACUGCUGACACCACCUUCAUCUCCUCCUCCUGCGACUCUGUCUGCAUCUCCUCCUCCUGUGUCUCCUCCUCCUGCUCCUCUGACCGAGCUGUACCUUCUGGGGAGAGGGAGGAGGGGGUGUCAGUGAUCCCAGGGGGGUACCUACAGACCCUACUAAAUGCCUCAGUCUCCUCCGGGGGGGCAGGUAUCACCUACCACCCCCAGCAGCCCAACAGGCAGCACUAUCCCCUGGGUCUCUCUCUAGAGGAGAAACAGUUUGCCUCCCUGCAGCUAACCCAGAGCUGUGUCCUCUCCCCUCCCUCCGAGUCAGAGCUCCAACAGUCCCCCCAAAACUGCCCCAGCUUCCCCCACUCCAUCUGGCACCACCAUCCCCAUCUCUGCCCCAGCUUCCCCCACUCCAUCUGGCAACACCAUCCCCAUCUCUGCCCCAGCUACCCCGACAGCCAGGGGGGCUUCGGCCCCGACACCCCUCUCCUCCCCAGCGGAUUCCUGCCUGGGUCUGGGUCUGGGUCUGGGUCAGACUACAGCCAGCAGGGAUUCAGAGACUGACAGACUGCUGUACGAGAAGAGUUACCUUGUGGAGGGGGACAGGCUGGGGCUGCAGCCAGGGUCGGGGGUGGAGCUACAGGAGCUGCAGGUGUGUCAGUCAGGUGUCUGUCUGAGGCAGGUGCAGUACCAGAGAGGCUCUCUCUGCUCAGACCAUGGCUGUCUAAUCAGCUAUGACUCUGUGGGCUCCCUGUCAGCCUGCUCCUCCAACUAUAGCUCUCAGAGCCUCCAUCGUGAGGGAGGAGGGGAGACGGAGGAGAGGAGAGACAGCUACCUGCAGCACUGCAGCCCCAUGGUGUUGCUCCAACAGAGCCUGGAGGACAUGGGUCAGCCCGUCACUCCCCUCAGAGAGUCCUCAGACCUCCUCGACAUCUCCAACUUCACCCCGGACAAGUUCAGACACUUCUCUCUGUCCUCCCUGUCGCCUCCGGAGACCCCCAACCUCUCCCCCCAGGUGACGAGGGGCGAUGCACCGGAGUACCAGGAUCAUGUGACAGGAUGUGACAUCAUGCAGCAGGCGGCGCAGCACGGGGUGGAGGGGCGGCAGUUCUCAUUCAACGGAGAGGAGCAGGGGGGGAAGAACAGCCGCUCUAAGAGGAAAGCAGGUUAUAAACAGGCUGCAGCGGCGGCAGGAGGACAGCAGGGGCCUAAGAAAGGCCGGGCCUCCAGAGCAGCCAAGACAGAGAAGGUGAAGACGCCUAGACAGAGCCGCUCCUCUAAGAAGAUCAAAGCCAUGCUGGAGGAGAAGGCUGCCAAGGGCCAGGCGCAGGCGGGGGUGAGCCACGGUAGCACUGGGGACAGGUCUGGAAGCGGCACCGGGCCUAGGGGCUGGUUGGAGGGGAACACCAGCCUGGGGGGAGGGGAGGAGCAGCGGGAGUUUGAGGAGCCGUCCAACAUCCUGUCCAACAUCGUGUCCGGCAUGGCGGAGGUCCAGAGGUUCAUGAUGGCGUCCGUGGAGCCUCUGUGGGACCCGCUGGAGGCUGGCUUGCCGCCCGACGCCAACAGCCUCAACAUGAAGACCCUCCAGAUCCUCCAUGGGAGGGGGGGCAAGAAGGGGGCUGGCGCCGCGGGUGUCGGACGGGGCAGGAAGGCCAGGGGCAAGGCAGGAAAGAACCAGGCCAAGUUGAACCCCUGCCACCCCAUCUUCCCCCAGCUCGCUCUGGGCUGCAACAUGUUCGACAAACCCAACUUUAUUAACCCAGGCCCCGCGCACAAAAAGCUGUACCGUCACAAAACCAGUGCCAAGUUCCCAAAAAUUGAGACUGUGAAGGGCAAGCGAGGGGGAGUGGAGAGGGACCCAAACAAGGACUUGGCUCUCAUGGCCUCUUUUGAGAAACUGAGGUAA